CAUACAUAGUACAUGUAGUACAAUACAGAUGCUUGUGUUACCUCUAAUUUCUAAAUCCACCUCAACUUUCUAUCACCUGCUACUUCCCAUUGUUUGUCCUUUAGCCUUCAGGUACUCUUUCAUCGCCCUUGCUGCCUUGGUCUCUACUGUACGUAUACCUAUACAAUCUACUGCUAGUGAUUUAAGUUCACUCAGGUACUACCCAGAUAGGUACAUGGUUGAUAUCUGCGCAUGUCCAAGGUUGUUUACUUGUGUUUACAUGUACUAACGUUAUCCCACUUGCUCAGGGACCGGACUUUUUCGAGUCCCACUCCUUCGUAGGGCCGGUAGCGAUAGCUACAUAUGCAACUGCACUAGGUGAUAAUAUCGAAUUGAACCUUGGAAGGUCCCGGACAUCCCUCCUCCCUCCGCCUUGUUCUAUAUACUUUCUUCCUAAGUCAUGAGUCGUCGAUACUCUUUCAAUUCUGAACCUGACGAGCGCAACCCCCUCGACAAUUUAAACCCGAACUAUCGCUACGCACAUUCCAAUCGCCAGCAACAUUCUCCCUCUCUUCCUUCCCAUCCUUCCUCGCCAACAUUACAGUCUCAUUUCUACCAAGAUUUUCCCUCUUCCUCUUCUUCUUCCGAGCCGUAUCGCCAUCCAGCACACCCUUUGCCCACAAAAGCAUCAAUACACCCCGGCGCUCACCCCGACUCGGCAUUUAACAGGCUACACCAGAAUAGAAGAUAUAUCGGAGGGGUAGAAAGAGCCGUCGCACCUGGGACCGGGAUUAGAGCUGAAGCUGAAGCCGGAGCCGGAGCUGUAGCUGGGGGAGCUUAUGCUGCGGGCCAGCCAUCUUUAACUGGACCCAUCCCGCCGUCCCACCGCGAGAAGAAUAUAUCUACUUGGGGACACGAGACCCCUCAGUCUAACGUCACUCCGGGUGCCGACAAUUUUAGCGUGGCUGCUCCUAGUGGAAUGCCCGGUUUAGCUAUGAGUGUCGCUGAUAGGAACGCACGAGAAAGUGGACUAGAAGCUAUGAGACAAGCUCAGCAAUAUAAAGAACCACAGCGCCAGCAGGCCCCUUACUCGGAUGUCUACCAAGCUACUCCAUCGGAGCAAGCCCCCUACGACGAGCCUCAGAGCCACGCAUACGAUCGGAGUUAUGACACGUCGCCGGGAUACGGUUCCGGCCCAUAUCUCCCAUCCGGUCAGACCUACAAUUCCUCGCCCAGUCUCGCUCCAUCAGUAACUGCGGCCAUGUCUCAUUCGGGCCAAGGGACGCCAACCUGGGGUAUGCCGGGCUACUCUGGUGAUCCGUUCCGGGAUCCUCAUAUGGCGUACGGCCAAAGGAUGGAUCCUAGGCUAGGCGAGUUCAAUCCGAACGACAUUGACGAUGACGGCGAUGACGGCCUCGAAUACCGACGUUCCACUCGGAAUAGCAUACUGAGUCUAGGGGGGUCGAGUCAUCGAGGUGGUAACGGCUCUGCAGCCGGUGUCGCUGGUGCUGCGGCUGCCGGCGGCGUAAUGGGCGGGCUGAUAGGAAGGAAUCGGAAUAGCGGUAUCAAUUACGACCCAGUACAAAAUGCGAGCUCUACUGGCAGGCUUGACGACGUAAGUGGUGGGUAUAAGGCGGGCGCUGGGACCGAGAAACAGUCCGAAUGGCUGUCUAGUCAAAAUAACAAGCGCAAAAAGUGGAAGUGGUUUGUUCUGGUUCUCGUCGGCCUUGUUAUCGCCGGUGGAAUAGCAGGUGGCGUCGUCGGCGGGAUCUUGGCUCAUAGAAACAAAAGUAGUGGCGGUUCGGGCAGCUCCAGUGGAGUCCAAUCCGCUGAAUCGGACACAGCUAUGAAUGGGGAUCUGGACGACACAUCUACUGAGAUUCAAGCACUAAUGAACAAUAACGACCUGCACAAGGUCUUUCCCGGUGUUGACUACACGCCUAUCAACGUUCAGUUCCCGGAUUGCCUUGAGAACCCGCCUUCCCAGAAUAACGUUACCCGAGAUGUUGCUGUCCUCUCGCAGCUAACAAAUAUCAUUCGACUCUACGGCACCGAUUGCAACCAAACGGAGAUGACGAUCCAUGCUCUACGACAAUUAAAGCUCGAGAAUGAUAUCAAAAUAUGGCUUGGAGUAUGGCAAGAUGGAAACGCUACUACGAACGAGCGCCAGCUAAGCAAGAUGUGGAACAUCUUGGAUAAGUACGGGGCUGACCCAUUCAAGGGACUCAUAAUUGGUAACGAGAUCCUGUUCCGAGAGCAGAUGACCGCUUCAGAGCUUAGUAAACUGCUGGACUCGGUGAGAACCAACUUGACUAAGCACGACUGGAAUCUCCCCGUCGCCACGAGCGAUCUCGGUGAUAACUGGGAUUCGCAACUGGCCAGUAUGAGCGACUACAUCAUGGGCAAUAUCCAUCCUUUCUUUGCCGGUGUUAAUGCCAAGGACGCCGCUUCUUGGACGUGGCAGUUCUGGGAGAACAAGGCCCACGGAUUCUUCAAGACGGAAACUGAGAAGAAUAUUAUCUCCGAGAUCGGCUGGCCGACGAAGGGUGGAACUAAUUGUGGUGAUGACAAGAUAACAGAUUGUCCUAACGGAUCAGUGGCCGGCAUCGACGAAUUGAAUACACUGAUGGAGAACUGGGUUUGCCAGGCCCUCGAGAAUGGGACCAACUACUUCUGGUUUGAGAUGUUUGACGAGCCUUGGAAAAUCAGCUUCGAUACGCCCGGAAAAGAAUGGGAAGAUCAAUGGGGCCUCAUGGAUGUCAAUAGGAACCUGAAAGAGGGCGUCAAGAUUCCGGACUGCGGGGGUAAAACAGUUUGAACGGUAGGGGGGAAAGGCUACUUGCCUCCGUUCUUGAAACGGGCACUGUGAUCGACUUGAUGAACAAGCGGUCAUGAAUAGUAGCCUGGCUAAUACUCUUGACGGGAUACCUCACAUGAUCCUCCUGAAUUCGAAAACGGUACAGGGUUGUAUUAUACGGAAUGUCUCGGGUCGAGUAUCGUUUGUGUUUAACUAUAGUUCUACGAACACGAUUCCCGGCGCAGAGGACUGGGGGAACAGAGCAUUAGAGAGCAUCAAUGGAGGGUAUGACUUAGGUACCUAAGUAGCGGCAAGAUGAUAAUUGUCAUCGUGUACGCAUAGGAUUAUCAAGGGUUACAGUUCUGUCGUUACGGUGUUGCGGAGCCUCCGGUUCGGUAUAUAUUAUAGGCUUACACGGAGAUUUGAAUUCUUCAGUGUGAGGUUCAUUUUUCGGGGGCUCAGUUAACUACGUUCACUUUGCGGUAUGAGGUAGAUGAUCAACAUGUUUAAAAGCAAUGAACUACGAUUGCCUACAAGCUUAUGUAUUCAUCGCAUCUAGACAUCGUGGAUUCAUGUAAUUCCGUUCUCGGAUUGUCGACAUAUCAUGCCGCCUUAUAUAGAGGUUGUUGGAAGGAGCUCAGGGUGUAAUCCACGUCACCUGGUACGAUAAGGUACGAUAAGGGCCGUAAUGCAGCUAUUUAAGUAGGGCCUGUAAGGCCACCAGACUUACGAAUAAUCAACGCACAUUUCAAC